GUAAUUCCUCAAAGUUCUCUGCUUCUCCAGUGUUCCCUAUUGAACGACCAUAUAUUCUCUAAGCGCUGCAUCCUUCUUUCCUAGAAAUACCGUAGAUUGUUCAGUUGCAUGUUCCGCCCCACACUCCCAAAAAUGACGAAAUUCAACAUUGAGAUGUAAGAAUCCCACGUCCGAUUGUUUGGGGACUUCUGUCCACCCCCGUAUUCAAAUCAUCAUUGGUAACGACUAUUGGCUAACGCAAGUUCAGAGUGAGCGACACGGUUUGUCCUUGGUGCUAUGUUGGAAAGCAGAAGAUGGAUCGUGCAAUCAAAGCCUACAAAGAGCAGCAUCCCGAGUCCAACGAUGAGUUCUCUACGACAUGGAAGCCAUUCUAUCUUGAUCCCACGGCUCCAAAAAAGAGUAAAACCACCCAUUCAUUGCUCACUGCCCGUCUUGGUCUUGUAUUCUAACGCUCUUCCGGCUAGGUGUCGACAAGAUCGCAUAUUACUCAACCAAAUUCGGACCAGAGCGCAUUGGCAUGAUGAACGAACGCCUUUCUCAAAGUAAAGCUCUUCUUUACACCCAUAGAUCUUUCCUUUUGCUAAUACGACUCCCCAGUUGGAAAGGAGGCUGGUAUCGCCUUCAAGCACGGUGGUAGAACGGGCAAUACAAGAGACUCGCACCGGCUCAUCCAACUCGGGAAAUCCAAAUCUCCCGCCACGCAGACUCGCGUGGUUGAAGAGCUAUUCCGUACGUAUUUUGAGAACGAGGGUGACAUUACCGAUCACGAAACCAUUAAGAAAGCUGCUGUGAAAGCCGGACUUGAUGAGAAUGAGGUCCAGGAUUGGUUGAGUACGGACAAGGGCGGGGAAGGCGUCGAUAUUGAAGUUGAGCAAGCGAGGAGAUCUGGUGUUAGUGGAGUGCCAAAUUUCACCCUCCAGGUAUGUGUUCUCUUCAAUCUGCUUCUUGUCUCAUGCUGCUCCCCGAUUUUUGGGCUACAGUCUUCUCAAUGCUGGCAAUCUUCUAUUUGUGCGCUCCAUUGGAAUACUGCCAGAUAUGAAAAUACUAACUCUAAGAUCCUUGUAGGGCAAGUACGAAGUAGGCGGCGCCCAGGACUCAAGUGUAUUUCUGAAGUUAUUUGAGAAAAUCAAGGCGGAAAGCACCUAGACUUGCGGUGGUUACUUGCGCCGAUAAAAAGGGAGAUUUUAUUACCUAUGAAAUGGGGUGUCGAUUCAUAUUAGGAGAUUGUCUUAAUUCAAAUCCAGUUUUACCACCAGCCCCACAACGAAUUGGCAAGGUACUAUAAUGUUAUUUUGCUUAAAGUAAGCUGG